GUUGCACCUGAUUUCUUCCUGAUUUCAUUGAAGGUGCUAUUUCUGUCCCACGUCUCCAAAGUGGGGUCCUGGGCCCACAAAGGGGCAUGCAGGGGGAGCCAGCCAACAGUCCCAUUACCUCUCACACACAAACAGAAUGCAGUGCUUUAUGUAAUGUGUGUCAAUAAACAUCCUCUAAAAAUGAGCUGCUCGGGGCAAAGUCUUACUUAACCGUGUAGUAUGCCGCUGACAUAAAUGAACCGCGGAUCAAAGUGUCACAGCAGCUGUGUGAGCGCGCCGCCACUGCGCGGCUCUCUGACCCAUCAGCUCCCCCAGCAGCAGCAGCCCUCCGUCUGCCUCCAGCCGCACCAGUCAGCCACGGUGGUCCAGGCACGGACACGUCAGGAGGCUUUUGAAGAGCUUCACGGGCAGAGAUAUGGGGGCUCACUGAAGACACCGUAGCGUCCUUCACCGGCAGCAUCCCGCGGAAGUCACCGAAAGGCGGACACCAUGAACUACGUGGGCCAGCUGGCAGGUCAGGUGCUGGUAACCGUCAAAGAACUCUAUAAGGGCAUAAAUCAGGCCACGCUAUCGGGCUGCAUCGAUGUUGUGGUUGUCCGCCAGAGAGACGGCACCUACCAGUGCUCACCAUUCCAUGUGCGAUUCGGCAAGUUGGGUGUGCUGCGCUCCAAAGAGAAAGUGAUCGACAUUGAAGUGAAUGGAGAGCCAGUGGAACUGCACAUGAAGCUUGGUGACAAUGGAGAGGCCUUUUUUGUCCAGGAAUCUGAGCAACUGAACAUUGUCCCCGCCCACCUGGCCACCUCCCCAAUCCCCACCGAGAGUCACCUAUUCUGGAUGUCAGAGGUUGAGCACAGGGCGGCAAAAGAUCUGGAGGAUGACCCUGUUGACCCAGAGGACACACCUGAGCCCCCAGCUCCAAGCACCACAGCCACAAAAAAGAAGAAGAGACGGAGGAAGAAGCACAAAGGAGACCCCCGAAGAGAGGAGCUGACCCCCCCGAUGUCAGUCACAACUGGUAAUGCUAUUGCUGCUAACGCACCUGCUGCUACGACUGCUGCUAUGUCCGGCAAUGGGCAAAAUGAGGAGAUCUUUGAGAUGGACCUGAGCUCUGAUGAGGAAGCUGCAGUGCGUGUCUCAAGGUCACCAUCAGUGACCACAAUGCGGGACAUUGACCCCAAAUUACCUGCAGCCAGACACAACCUCGAUGGUUAUCCACUGUCUGAUGGGGAUUGGCCAGCAGAUGACAGUCAUGGCUUGUCCCAGGCCUUCUCUCCUAAGAGUGACUCUGAAUUGAUGGUCAGGCCCUCAGAGAGUAUGCUCAGAGCUGAGUCCCACAUGCAGUGGACCUGGGGAGAGUUUCCUGAAACAACCAGGGUCCCCAAAAAAGAGAAACCAGAACUACUAAAAACGGUGACCAUCACGCCAUCAGAGACCACCCACUUCCGUGUCAUCCUCAGCUCUGAGGCCAUGGAAAACGAGACAGAUAUUGAAAAGGAAGAUGCUGCCCCCACUUCCUCAGUGUGUACCAUCGUCAAGCCCAAGCCACGCACCCCUGUCACCACUGUUACACCCGUGAAUCCUCUUGCAUCUGUCAGCACCGUAACCUCUCUGAGUCCUAUAACCCCGUCAGAGCCCCUGGAUGUUCUGCCAUCCAGCGUUGCAACGUCCACCCCUUCUAACAGCCAACAGAGUGAUUCACCCUCAAAGAAGAAAGAAGGUGUCCCAAAGAGGAGCCAUCAUCAGGGUCCUGAGGAUAUCUACCUAGAUGACCUGAAUGUACUUGAACCUGAUGUCGCUGCACGAUAUUUUCCUAAGAGUGAGUCUGAGGCAGCGACGAAGCACUGGAUGGACUCCGAGAUGCAUUCUGGAUCACAGUCGCCACAGUCUGUGGGCAGUGCAGCAGCUGACAGCGGGACAGAGUGUCUGUCUGAUUCAGCGAGUGACCUCCCUGACGUCACUCUGUCUCUGUGUGGAGGCCUCACAGAAAAUGCUGAAAUAUCCAAAGAAAGGUUCAUGGAGCAUAUCAUCACCUAUCAUGAAUUUGCUGAAAGCCCAGCAAUUAUAGAUAACCCGAACCUGGUAGUGAAGAUAGGAAAUAGGUAUUAUAAUUGGACACUAGCUGCACCUUUGAUUCUGAGUCUACAAGCAUUUCAGAAGAAUUUACCAAAGGCUACAGAGGAGGCCUGGGUGAAGGAGAAAAUGCCAAAGAAGUCAGGCCGCUGGUGGUUCUGGCGAAAGAGGGCAGAUAGUACAAUCAAGCAGUCGGAGACCAAGCUUGAAACUAAGGAGGACUCUCAUCUGGAGGAGGAAGAACCCUCCAUAUCUCAGGAGAAACUGCCCUUACCUCCGAAACAAGGAGACUCAUCCAGUGAUGAAGAGUCCAAGGAGGUGAGCGCUGUAUCCUGUCAGGAGAGACUUCAGCCAGUUGAUAGUCAGCACCACCCCAGCCCACACACUUACAGGAAGUCACUACGCCUCUCUUCUGAUCAGAUAGCCAGUCUGAAACUGAAGGAGGGACCUAAUGAUGUGACGUUUAGCAUCACCACCCAAUACCAGGGCACAUGCCGCUGCGAAGGCACCAUCUACCUAUGGAACUGGGAUGACAAAGUCAUCAUCUCUGACAUUGAUGGCACCAUCACGAAGUCAGAUGUGUUUGGACAAAUUCUGCCACAGUUGGGGAAGGACUGGACCCACCAGGGCAUUGCCAAGCUCUACCACUCAGUAGCUGAGAACGGGUAUAAGUUCUUGUACUGCUCAGCGCGGGCUAUCGGCAUGGCAGACAUGACAAGAGGUUACCUGCAAUGGGUCAAUGAUGGAGGCACUAUUCUACCCCGGGGACCUCUCAUGCUGUCUCCCAGCAGCCUUUUCUCUGCUUUCCACAGGGAGGUCAUUGAAAAGAAACCAGAGAUCUUCAAGAUUGAAUGCCUUACAGAUAUCAAGAACCUGUUCCAGCAUAACAAGCAGCCAUUCUACGCCGCCUUUGGGAAUAGAACUAAUGAUGUGUUUGCCUAUAAAGAAGUGGGAGUUCCGGUGUGUAGGAUCUUCACAGUCAAUCCCAAAGGAGAGCUGAUUCAGGAACAGACCAAGGGAAACAAGUCCUCUUACAGCAGGCUCAGUGAGCUGGUAGAGCAUGUGUUCCCUCUGUUGAGUAAAGAGCAGAACGAGGCCUUUGUCAUGCCAGAGUACAGCUCCUUCUGUUACUGGAGGCAGCCCAUACCAGUCAUCAACCCUGAUGAACUGCUCUGAUCCUGUUUAUAUGGAUACUCAGGUAUUCAUAGACAUGCAAUUGGACUGUGCGCUUGACCGCAUCUCCAGGAAACACAUGAACUGAACCCCAAACUUUCCAGCAUUUUCUCACACCUACACACACACACAACUCAGAAACAGGGUUAUUACCAUAAGCAGAAAUAAAUCUUGUAAUCUGUAAUUAGCUAUUAGUGAUGAGUAAAAGCAUCUCCAGAACAGAAAAUCCUGGUUACUAAUCCAUGAAAAUGUUCAUCCCUGAGAGACAAGAGACUAAUCACGACUAAAUUAUCAUCUUUUCUCACUUUUUAGUCCUAAUCACUGUAAAGGAUAAAGAUCUGAGACCCACCCUUUCUCUCCAGCAAACAGGAUGAUCUGCAUUUGCCAUCAGGGAACCAAGUGAAGCCCCCCAUGAAGCAUUAGCCCUCAGCAGUCUGAGCUGUGCAGAAGGAAAAGACAUUGUUUUCUUGAGUUUUUCACAUUAUCUGAAGGCCCUGAAGAAGCAAGACGAAAUGUUUAAACUGAAAAAGAGAUGGGCAGUUAAAACUGGCCACUAGUCACGUGUUGGAAGUAGAAAUGUUUGCCUACAGGCAUGUAUCCAGGCUUUAUUUGGAGGCUUUAUUCUGUUCUAAAAACAUUGUACAAUAAGUAAAACAGUGAUAAUGGCUGGCAAAUGACUACUAGACCACCUACGAACCAUACACAGUAGUUAGUUUCCAGAGAGCUACAGUAGGUUGUUUUGUUCUCAGUUCUUAACUGACUGUAUUCAUUCGUCGAUCUUUUCCCUGCAGAGCUUGCAUUGUUCUUACCGAAUGAGUCAUGUUUGGUAUUGUGAAUUUUCAAGGUCAUAACAGGGACAUACUUUUGCCAACAAGUAUGAAAAGAUACAGUGACUUAAAAAACAAAAUGAAGCAGCUUCAUGGUAUAUUGUCUCGCUGUUAUUUUGAAAUGUGUUCUGUUCUUAAAGCUCUGGCGAAUCAAGUGUGUUUUGUUCUUGACGCAGUCAUUAUUUAUGGUAAUUAAUAUGUUUAAGUUAUUGAUUUUUAUCGUGAUGCCUUUGCUUGUCUAAAAAAGUAAUGCAAUGUGGAAAGUUUUCAUUUUGUGUUAUUGGUCACAGGUUAACAGUAACUGCUCGGCCCUGUACGAUCUUUCUUUCGGCCGUGUACCCCAUUUUCUCAAUGAACGCUUGUCUUUGUUUUACAGUGAAACUUUCAACGUGUAAGAUACAUGCACAUUCCUGCACAGACCUCACAAUCCGCAGCUUUAGUAUUAAAAUAUGUGUGUAAAUGUAAAAGAUAACGCUUGAGUUGAAACAGUGGAAAUAAGCAGAUCUUGGAUAGAGCUUAAAGAUGAAGGAUUUCAGUUUGCGGGUUCCUCUGAAGGAUCACUAUGGGAUGAUGUAAGUGUGUGUGCAUGCGUGUGCAUACCUAAUCACUGAGUGCUGCUGCUGUUGGGGGUAACGAGAUGGUUCCCCCCUUGUGCUUAUAUUCCCUCAGUGGCUUUAGAGACUUAUCCAACGCACUUUGUCCAAGCUGCACCCAGAGACACAACUCAGAACAACUCUCACCUACAAGCACUUCACUGAAGGUCUCCGUAGACAAAAGACCCGAGUAUGCAAUUGAUGGGGUAUGAGAAGUUCUAGUUUUACCUCUUUGUUCUGUGAGUGACCUUCUGACACCACAGACAAAUCAGCUUGUCUGAAACCUGUCAAUAUGAGCGAUGAUUGGAAGGGAGGGGGGUUUUAUGUUUGUAGGCUGCAUGACAAAAUGUAGGGAUUUAAAGAAAAUAAUGUUUAUUUUGGGUGCUGAGUAGAGCUACCCCUUAGUGUGUGUGUGUGUGUGUGUGUGUGACUGAGCAAGAAAAGACUGAUCCUGUGCCUCUGGUGACCAGAGGAAGAGCCAUUGGGUCUUGUUUGGAGAUAAACAGGAAAUACUUGACUGUGUACGAGAAGCUUUUUGAAGCGCUUAACUGGCAUUAUGUGUGAUCGCGUUUCUUGUGGGCAGAUGUGGCACUCCACUGAAAUGGAUCACAAGUGCAACAGUAAAAAAAAAAAAAAUCUGAAACAAGUCAGACAACACAUUGAAAAAAAGCACAAUUUCCGAUGUGGCUAUAUCCUCAUUUGUCACUGUUAGCCGACAUUAUUUUGCCGAAGUGUUGCCACGUUCACUCUGUAGCUCAGAUGUUUUUGUGAUGAUUAAGAUGCGUGUUCCACUUUGAUUUGUUUGCUCGUUCUCUAGUUUGGUGAAGUCAAAUAGAUAUAUCGUAUGAUUAACAAAAUCCAUUUCUUUCUAUGAAAGUAAAGCAUCUUGUGUGGAAGAAUCACACUUCAUCCUCUAUGAUCUUGGGAUACGUGGUAUAUAAUAUUGUUUGUUCUCGCUCGACUGCUGUGGAAAAUGAUCGAGUAUAUAUGCUGAUCAUCACAUUCUUCUGUCUUUGAUGCCUUUUUGUUUUAUUUCUUAUAGUGUAUGAUCGUCUGUGGGACUAUGUUUGUCUCAUUCUGUUUGGAGGUAAUGCUUGCUAUUUGAUUGUGUCUGACCAACAGAAAUACCUUAAGUGUAUGCUGUGUUUGAUUUGUAUAGAAAUGUGGUUUAAAGUAUGUUUAAAGAACAAUAUACAUUGUAAGAAGACAAAAAAAGCAGGCCUAAUGAAGCUAACAAAGUGUGGCUUGUGGUCAUAUUUGUAUUAAAUAAAGUUUCUAACUGAAUACA